GCCCAGCGGCCCGAGGCCCGCGGAGGUGCCGGGAGCUGCCGUGGAGGCCUCAGCCGGGGGCCCCCCGCCCUGCCUGGGCAUGAGGCGGGGCCGGGGCCGCUGUCAACCGCUUCUGCGGGGAGAAGAUGAAUAUCUGCAAUAAACCUCAUAAUAAGAUAGUUCCAGAGGAUUUGGGUGAAGCUGUUCCUGAGGUGAAGGUCCAACGUGCUCGAAGAAAUGGCUGGAGCUGGCCCCUACACCUGUUCCAGAUCAUUGCCUGGCUGCUGUUCCUCUUCUUUGCGCUGGUUGGCUUUGGAAUCCUGGUUCCUCUCCUGCCCCGCCACUGGCUGCCCGCUGGUUACAUCUGUCCAGGAGUGUGUUUUAUCUACCAUUUAGUUGUUCAUCUUACUGCAGUUUCCAUUGAUCCUGCAGAUGCAAAUGUGCGAGAAAAAAACUAUCUGGGGCCUCUGUCCACCUUCAACCGUAACCAACACGCACAUGUCAUUGAGAACCAUCACUGCUAUGUCUGUGAUGUAGAUGUGAGUGCCAAGUCAAAGCACUGUGGAACUUGCAACAAGUGUGUGUGUGGCUUUGAUCAUCAUUGCAAAUGGCUCAACAACUGUGUGGGAGAGAGGAAUUACUGGCUCUUUUUGAAUAGUGUGCUGUCUGCCCUUCUGGGCCUGGGGCUUCUGCUGCUCAUCGCUUUCUACGUCUUUGUGGAGUUCUUCGUCGACCCCACAGUGCUUCGCUCUGACCAGCACUUUGAUGCUUUGAGGAACCACAUGGACCGCUGGUUUGUGUUUCUUCCUGCAUCUCCUGUUGAGACUCGGGCACCUGCAAUUUUGGUGACAGCUGGGAUUUUUAUUCUUCUGAGCCUAGUGACCAUGAUCUUAUUGGGCCACCUCUUGACCUUUCACAUCUAUCUCUUGUGGCACAAGCUGACUACGUAUGAGUACAUCCUGCAGCAGCGUCCCCAGCAGCAGCCAGACAAGGUAGACAAGAAACAGGAGUCUUCUUCCUCCCAAGUGAGACCCAGUCAGGAAGCAGACUUAUUGUCAGGUAAUCCUGGCUAUAGAGACCCUGGAAUUCAAGUAGAGGAAUUCUCAUCAGUAACUUCAAGAAAAAGCUUUCCAAAGCUCUAUGUCCAUAACCAAGAGAGUGACCCCAAGCAGAGCUCAUCCCCUGAGUCCUCAUCUCUUCACUCUGUGUCCCCUUCCCAGCAACAAAAGAAAAGGAGAAAGAAAAUGCAGAAAGCUUCUUCCUCAGCAAUGGACAGAGGAUCUAAAGCACAUGUUUCUCCUCAACCCUCAUUCUCAACCUCAGAUCCCCCAGAGUUCCCAGCCACAGCUGCUGCCACCUCACCUUCCCACAGCCUUCACCUCUUAGUGCCAGCUUUUCCUCUGAGAGCUGCUGUGUCCCCCAGCAGCAUGGGCCUCAUCCAGGCAGCAGGACCCCCAGCUGACUAUCACUCAGAGUCUGCUGAGUCCAUGGAUGAGAUUCCUCUGGCUCAGACUCGCCUUGGGAGCCCUGUCCUUCAAGGGCCUCCUAAGAAUAACUCAGGCAACUCUCAACAUUAUCACUUGUCCACAGACAAUCCCAGAGGAGUCAGGAAGAAGAAUCUGUAUUCUGAGCACAAGGUCAAAAGGAGAAGCUGCCAGCAGGACAGACGUGUGGAACGAGACCUGGAACUUUUUUCUAAGAUUCCUGCUGUGUUUGUAAGUAAGAGCAGUGGAGAACCUCUUGUCCCUCAGCCCCAGCCCAGUGAGAGCACAUCCGAGCCUGACCACAGAAAAUGCACCAGCAAGCAGCAUGUGGGCACACAUGAUCCAUGCUCAAAGGACAUAAGGACAAGCACCACAGCGGCCUAGGGAUCAUCCUUCCAAAGCCAUGGCCUUUGGGAGCAGCGUUAGUGCUGUGCAGAGGCCUACAGUACUCACCCCUCACUGUGCACGUGCUGUCAGGCUGCAGUGGGACAUUUCUCAUCCUCAGCCAAAGGCAAGAGGCAGCAAGGUGGCAAACCUGAGGUAGACUUGUUGCUCAAGAGAGCUCAAGUGCUUUCUCUGGGAAAGGGCCAACCCCUCUUGGCCCUCUGCUCACUGGUACUGCAGUAACUUCCCAGCAGAGUGUGUGGGGAAGAAUAAGGCUGCACCUCUGCCAUUCCCUGCGCGCUGAAAGCUAUAUUUCCAUCUGCCUACACCCUGUCAGUCUUUGGAUCAUGCUCAGGGGCUUCAACAGGUGGUCAGGGAGUAACCUCAGGAUUGCCCCAUCCCUUAUACUGCUUUCCACUGUGCACCCUCAGACCCAGUCUGCCACCAGAAUGUUCUCUGUAAGGCAGCAUAGUUUGACCUGCUCCCCCUUCCCAGCAGUCCAGGGUGCCCCAUGCUGCAGCAUUCUCAUCAGAAGUCUUGGGACUUCUGGAGAGCAGGCCCUGAAACCUUUCCAAUUCCUGGGCUGCCAGAUCUGUAUUAGUGCACAGCCAAGCCUGGGGUGUGUGUAGUACAGAAAGAUCCUACAGCAGACAGUGGGGCACAUGGCCAGUGCCUUGAGCCACAGCACCCUGUGCUGGGGGUGAUCUGCAGAGAGCUGGGCUGCCAUCCUACAGCACCUGUGCUCUCCUUGCCCUCGUGGCUUCCCCAGGCAGCAUGCCCCAUUCCAGAUUCCUGGCUGAGUGCUGAGGCUGGGCUUCCAGCAAGCCCAGAUCUGCCUAGCAGCCAGCUAAUCUCAGAGCCCAGACAGCAACUACACACACCUCUCCAUGGGCUUUGCCACCAGCAUGGUCAUGUCUGACAGGAUUUGGCACAGCCCUGAGCAGCAGCAGUGGCAUGGCUGGAUGCACGUUUCCAGACACAUCACCAGCACAGCACACUGCUGGUGCUGUGAACAAACAGGUGCACCAGCAAAGAAAAGGAAGACAGGGGAGUCUUCAUCACCCUUCCAAAUGUUUUGAUGCAUGGAAGGCACAACUGACCUUUCUCCAGGUUAUGGUGGGUACAGGUUAGGGAAGGAGAGGACAAAGCACGGUGCUGUGAGAGUCGAGCUAAGCUAUUCUCCCCUUGUCUAGCUCAGUCUGCAAGCAUUCCUUGCAGCUGGGUCAGAGCAGGAAAGGGGAUCUGGGGACAAAGGCUCUUUGGGCACAGUCAACACAGGACAGGCAGGCUGGACUCCCAGCCUUGAUGGGAGACAGUAGCCUGGGAGAAAGACCUGGAGGUGUUUUAAAGGGCUGCCUUACCACCCUUCUCUUGUCUGAUUUUUGUCUCCUGAAAGAACUGGGAUGAGGAGCUUUGAUUCUUCAUCAAAUUACACAAUCUAUUGAUCAGAAAAAGCGAAGCCUCGUGUAGCUGUUGAAGUAAUUUUGUGUCAGUUUGGAGGAAGGGCUGGCCUGUGGUCACACUCCUUGCAGCUUCCCUGCCUGCUGCAGGGCAGUGCCUGUGGCCAGUGGUGCCCUCUGGCAGUGUGACCCUCUGGAAAAGCAGGUGAGUGUGGGCCAGCAGACAUGACACUGGCUGUCUGCAGAGACCAGGGCAUUGCUCACCAAUGGGUCCCACUUAGACAAAAUCCUCCCUAUUGUUUCUCCUCAUGUCAAUUGUCGUCCAAGGAAAUUACAUCCUGCAACAAUGCUGGGCUUAUGGUUUUCCAAGGCCAGCUGUCCCUCCACCAGAAAGUAUUGGUAAUUCCUCUUCAGUAGAUGCCCCUGAGCAGACCUUGUGUGUUUCCUCACUCUGUCCAUGUAGAAUCAGUCCCAAAAUCAUGUAUGGAGCUCUUUGGUAGCUCUGGCCACAAUAAAAUUUUCUAUAUUCUUUGCUAAA